AAAUUGAUGGACCUUCCUCUACCAUGUCCAUUUCCUAUAAAUGCACUCUUUUCAGCAUAGUGGAGGUCCCAACACCUUUCUUCUCAGCAGAGCCGAAACCAAUGGCAAUCAGGAGCUCAUGGUAUCACCAUCCUUCUUCCACCAUGGCCAUGAUCAGCCCAAGGCUUGGCAUAAGGGGGUCAGCCUUAAGGCUCAGCACCUCUGCUCAUGGCAGUAGCUCUUCAUCACACCUCUCCUUUGCUGCUGCAACAGACAACAACAAGGCGUUUGAAGACCAAUUGAGAGGGAUAGUUUGCUACAGAGAUGAGAAGGGGGAGAUGAUCUGCGAAGGGUACGACGAAGGCCCCAGGCUUGGGAUGCGAUUGCCAGAGAAGGCCUGCUUCCCAUGGCCUGUGGGAGUUCAGCUCACUGAUUUCAUCCAGCUUGCGACGCUCCCUGUUUUCGAAGACGCCGAAGCUCUCCAGUUGAAGACUGAUAAGAAGAGCCAGCUCUGAACAUGAAGCUAACCAUGUAAGCAUAGUUGUCUAGAGUGAUGUGUAAGAAUAACUGCGAAGGCGUAGCACUUGGUUCCUUAUAUGGCUCCUCCAGUUCAAUUCCCCCACUAGUUCAAAGGGGAUGGAACUGAGGAAUUGAAUUUGAAGCCUUGUAUUUAAGAGAUGGCAUUGCAUUAGCACCAUAGACUAUGACAUAUAUAAUUUGGUUUAUUUACCUGCAUUUUCUGAA